GUUUUGUUGGAAAUGGCUUGAACAACUUGAAUGACAAGGAAGUAAAGGGCGACCAACAGGCGAGUUGUCAUUACUACUAACUACAACAUGGCAAGCAGCGAUAAGGAGAUAUCCUACAGUGAAGUCAAAUCUCUUUUGCAGAAGGGUUCCGGACUUCUUGUGGAUGUGCGCUCCAAGGAAGAGGUCGACAGAGGCCAUAUUCCAGGUUCCAUCCACAUUCCAGUGGAAAAUGUAGAAAGUGACAUGUCCCUUAACUCAGCUGAAUUCCAGUCGAAGUUUGGUGUACCUAAGCCUUCAUUGGACUCCUCUGAGCUGGUUUUCCACUGCCAGAUGGGAAGACGUGGAGCUGUUGCCACAGACAAAUCCAGAAGCCUGGGGUUCAAGAAUGCUCGUAAUUAUGCCGGAGGCUACAAGGAAUGGUCAGAAAAGGAGGGCAAAUGAUGAUCCUCAAAACUGUGAAGUGAUAUGGAACCAUUAUGUGGCCAAGACCUGGAACUACUACUAUAUAUAUCAUGCAUGUGAAGUUUGUGCAUGUUUCUAUUAUAUUAAAGUUUCAAAAUGAAACAAAUAAA